CCCCAAAGCCAGGCCUAGUGCUUUGGACUGUCUGUCCCACAAGUGGUUCAUGCACAAUGUUCCCCUCGAAGCAGCUCAUUUCAUUAAUACCAAGCAGCUCAAAUUCAUCGUGGCUCGGAGCAAGUGGCAGCGGUCUCUGAUGUGCUACAAAUCCAUCCUGGUAAUGAGGUCUAUCCCAGAAAUCCUGGAAAGGACCCACGACAACACCUCCCUGGCCAUCUCCCGACACCUCAUCGAGGAAAGCACUUCAUCCAGUACCAGUGGCUCCUCUUCAGACAACGAGAACUCGAAUUUCCCCAAGAAGAGGCACUUUGGUUCCACCCCCGAGCUGCACUUGCCCGUAUUUGAAGCACCAAGUUAUCAGGAGCCUCCAAAACGUUCCAGUGAGCAGAAGCACUCCAAGGCACCAGUCCCUCCAGUAAAACCCAUGAGGAGGAAAUAUGCUUCCAUGAAGGCUGAGGUGGGGGACAAAUCACCCACAGAAAGCAAAGAGCUCAUGGCGAGUGUCUUCCAGGAGAAGGAGAGGCUCCAUCCCAGUGUUCGAGAUGAAAGAGCGGAGCCACCCCAAAGGAGCGGUGCUGCCGAGCCUUCAUCCGUGAGGGCUUCCAUGGAAAGCACAUCACAUCCAGGUCAGAAAGGAAAAGCAGACAUGUCUUUAGCUGACAAGGAGAGGAUUGAAAAGGCUGGGGAUGGCACAGAAAAGCCAUCUGCCUUUGUGCCCAGGCAGAGCGUCAUCAAAAGCACUUUCUACAGCCAAGCAACAGAGCUGCCUGCAAGGCCGCCUUCCUCGCCAGGCAGGGAGUUCAGGAGGCACCUGGACAGAGCCAGGAGGACUUUCCGGAAAGGUGGAUAUUCGAAGGUGCCCCUCAGUGGUCUCCGUGAGCCCCUCCUGGAGCAGUUUGAACUGGAAGAGGAAGAGGAAGGAGAUGAUCGCAGGGAAAGCCUGCUGGGAUCCUUGACCAAAUCAGCGUCGUUUGAUACUGCCAGGAAACCACCACAUCCUGCCAUUGCUGGUGCCAGCAGGAGCCGUUCCCUGGACGACUACAGGCUGAGAGCCUCGAGGUCACUGAGGGAACAAGACAUUUUGGAAGAAGACUGUGAUGUCUUGUCCCAGGAGAGCUGCCCUGAAGGCAGUGACCACUGUGACAUUUCUGCAGGGCCUGGCAAGGGAUGUUCUGUAGACACAUCAAAGCAGGAGGAAGUCAGGAGAGCCAGCAAGGAUUGUUCAGGAGAGAAGCCCUCUCCCUCCACACAUUGUGAGGGUAAUGAGUGCCCAGCUGCUUUUAUGCAACAGGCUGAGGGACUUCCAGUGUCACCUCACAGGAGUGAAAAUAGGAAACCUUUACUGAAGAAGUCAAAAGCUACUGAGAUUGAGGAGGAUGUUGAAGAUUUGGAAGGCAAAAGCCCCAUUCUGACUGCCCAGUGCUCAGACAUAACUGCAUCAGCAGCCCAAAAACAUGAGAGCAUGGAGGGUAAAUCUUCCUCUGGCACUGCUUUUCAGGAGAGCAAAGAGUCCAUUCCAACCUUGACACAGUCAGAGGCCACCUCUGAGUCAUCUCCCACGAGUAAGGGAGGUGUGUGUCUGCCCCAGGAGUCUGCUCACGGCACUGACAUCCACCAGGAUCAAAAAGGUGGAACACUGCUGAUCAAAAGGAUGGCCCCAGUUCCACCUUGGAAGGACAAAAGGCAGAAACAUUCAGGUGAAAAGACCUCUGCUCACGGUGUUGCCGAGUCUGAACUCAUGGAGCAUGAAAGCUCUGCUGUUCCAGCAGAACAGACAGAGACCGAUUCACUUCCAGUACUUAAAGACAAAAGUCAGGAAUUUCCUGGGAAAAGUGUUCCAGCAGCUCCUGUGUCUCUGGGCAAGCGGCCAGGUGCCCUCACAGCUGGUGAAGGGGCUCCUCAGAAGGUGAAGACCCACAAAGAGGUGAGAUCUGCUGUCCUGGAGGAGGAAGGGCUGAGUGUGACAGGAGUCACUCCACUAUCAGCCCAUGCUGGUGAAAGCCAGGCUCACAGGAAGGCUCCUGCUCAUGGAUUCACAGCAUCAGCCAGCCUGAAAGGAGAGCACCUCAUUGUUCCCAAAGUCCCACCACCACAGUCAGUGCCGACUCCGGUCUCUGGUGGAGCAUGGGCUGAAAGGGAAGGGCCAGCUCACAGCAAGGAGAGGUUUGUUGCUCUGAGGAGUGAAAGCUCUGCGGUCACAGAGGUUGUUCCCAGCUUGGCCCAUGACGGAGCCAAACCCCAGAAGGUUUCUGAAGGCCAUGCUGUUCCAGGGAGCAGACACACAGCGGGAACGGUGUCCUCCCAAAGCACUGCUCUCCCUUUGGUCUGUGAGAGGGAAAAACAGAAACAUCCAUCCCUUCACAGCGAGGUGAGAUCUGCUGUGACAGCAGGUGGAAGCCCAGCAACUGCACAGACCACGUCUGCUCCUUUUCCCAAGGCUGGACAUCGGGUGCUGGAGCAGCACAGGGCUGCCAGUCCCAGUGCUGGGAUUUCUGAUGGUCUGGGGGGUGCCUUAACUGCUGCACAACCAGAAGGUGCUCCAGCUUCAGCCUAUGAAGUAGAAUAUGAGGAACGUCCAAAGGUCCAUGGUGAGGGUGGAGGCGUUGCCUUAGAAAGUGGAAGAUCUGAUGCUGGAAAAGCUGUCCCACCGUCACUCCGCAGGGAUCGCCGUCAGGAGCGAUCACAUCACAGGUCUUCCUUUUACAGUGAUGAGGAGUCUGCUGUGCUGGAGGGCUUAGUGGACGAGAUGGUUUCCCUCUCUGAAGAGAUGAAUGUUUGGGCAGAGUCAGUUUCUGGAGAGAAGGAGAGCAGAAAGCACAUGGACACCUCCUCCCCUUCUGUAAAACAGAGGGAAGAUGAGCAGGAUGGCCUUGAAGAACCCUACCUUGCUGUGAGUGAGGAGUCGGAGGUACUGGAAGGGCAGGGAGCACAGACAAUUCCUCGUGAAUGUGAACACCUGGAGGACUUGGCGUUUGAGAGCCCCACUUCCAGCCGAGCCAGCGUUUCCUCAACAGAGAGCUCGGACACCGGGAAAAGACCCAGCCGAGUGCCAGUGAUCAAGGACACCGGGAAACACCCAGAAGUGUCUUUGGUGAAAAUCAAAGACCUGUCAGAUGAAACCCCCAGUACUGGCAGCGGCCCUCAAAAAUUUGACAUCUCAGAGGUGGAACCUGCCUACUUGAACUUCUCUGACUUGUAUGACAUUGUCUAUUUUCCGUUUGAAUUUCUGAGCUACAAGAAGCCUUCGCCCAAGCCGGUUCGUAGACGGUUUAUUCCUCUCGGUGAAAGGGCAAGGUCCCCUCCUGCAGGGCAUCUGCAUAAGGAUAAGAGGCUGUGCAUCAGGGAGCAGGCAGAGGACAAGAACAGGAAGAACCAUUUGGAAAUAUCUGAGGAUUCAAAGGCAACUCUGGCCAUGGGGAAAGGGCCAGAGAGCCAUAAAGAAAUGUACGGCUCCCAAAAGGACUCCAGUGGGAAGCAGAAAAGCUCCUUCCACACCAAGCCAGGACUCUUUAAGCCAUAUGCAAGGUCUCAUUCAGUGGAGCUGUCAGUGGAGCAGAGUCUGAAGAAGAAAGUAAAAGCUUCUGUUGCCCAUAUUUCAAGAAUCCUAAAAGGAAAGACAUCUCCUGAGCCAGAGGCAGAGGAAGAGUUUGGUGAGCUGGGAAGUGAGGCAGCAGAAAAAGAGCUGUUAACAGGGGCUGAAGGAUCUCUGAAGAGGAAAUCAGCACUCUCCUCAUUCAAGUUGCCAAGCCUCAUGCCAAAGGAGAAAGCCCCAUCCUUCACUGAGGAGCUCAUGGACCAGGCUGCUGCCGUGGGACAGUGCGUGACGCUGUCGUGCCGGACGGCAGCUCACUCCUCCCUGCACAUCAACUGGUUCAGAGAUGGGAUCCCUGUCCAGAGCAGCAGCCGGAUCCUCAUCUCAUCCACCCUCAAACACUUCCAGCUCUUAACUAUUCUCUCUGUUAAUCCUGAGGAUUUUGGUAUUUACACCUGUGUGGCCACAAACUCCCUGGGCUCGGCAUCCACCUCUUGUGUCAUAAGAAAAGCAGAGGUUCCUCCCAGCCCUCCACCCCCUGACAUGGUGGAAGUCUACAAGGAUGGAGUGCAGGUGGUCUGGAAACCUGUGGAGACCAACACCCCUGUCCAUUACACCAUCCAGUGCAAGAGUGAAGAUGGGGAGUGGACAACUCUGGCUUCUGACCUCGCUGACUGCUGCUACUAUGCCAAAAAUCUGCCCAAGGGGUUUAUCUACCACUUCAGGAUUGCCUGCACCAGCAAAGCAGGAAUGGGCCCCUACAGCGACCCAUCUGCCAGCGUGAAAAUCACCGGGGAGGAUCCAAUGGAGCUUCGUGCUGCAACACAGGAAAUCCCAGCACCUGCUACUGAGGAAGAGAGUGAAGUAAUCACACCAUCUGAGCCCUUCCCAACCUACCAGACCUACGCCUUCCAAACAGAGAUCAAAAGGGGGCGAUUCAGCAUCGUCCGACAGUGCAGGGAGAAAGUGAGUGGCAAGACUUUGGCUGCAAAAAUCAUCCCUUACUGGCAAGAGGACAAGCAGACUGUGCUCCUGGAGUACCAGGUCCUGAGGAAGCUCCACCACACAAACAUAGCCCAGCUGAAGGGAGCCUAUGUCAGCCCACGGCACUUGGUGUUGAUCCAGGAGGUGUGUGUGGGACCAGAGCUGCUCCACUCCUUGGCACUACGGACAUCGUACUCCGAAGUGGAGGUCCGGGACUACCUGUGGCAGAUCCUCAGUGCCACCGAGUACCUCCAUGCCCACAACAUCCUGCACCUGGAUCUCAGGUCUGAGAACAUGAUCAUCACCGAGCCCAACCUGCUGAAACUCCUGGAUUUUGGGAACGCACAGUUCUACACACAAGACAAAGUCAUUACCAUGGACAAGUGCAUGGACUAUGUCGAAACCAUGGCUCCAGAACUGCUGACAGAGCAAGGAGCCCUCCCACAGACUGAUAUUUGGUCCAUCGGAAUCACAGCCUUCAUCAUGUUGAGUGCCAACUACCCCGUCAGCUCCGACGUCCCCUGUGAGUUCCUGAGAACCACCAGGAAGGGCAAAGUGAAGCUCACGCGGUGCUACGCGGGUCUGUCCGGGGGGGCUGUGUCCUUCCUCCAGAGCACUCUGUGUGCAAACCCCUGGGGAAGGCCGUCAGCCUCCGAGUGCCUUCAGAGCCCGUGGCUCCAGGAGACAGGUUUGGACAGCAGGCAGCAAGCACUGGUUACCUUCCCCACCACCAAACUGAGGAAUUUCCUCAUGGAAAGGGAAAAGAAGAGGGGCCUGCUGUGCUCCAAGUACGGCCUCAUGAUAGCACAGUGACGUGGAUGGGACAGGCAGGAACUGCCUCUCUGUCCCUUCUGCACUCAGUGUUUGGUAUCAAACCGUCCUGCCAAGCUGGUGUCCAUCAGCUGAGCUGGGGUCACUGCUCCCUGUGUUUGUGCUGGUGUGUCCUGCCUGCCACAGGCUGUUCCUGUGUAUUCUGUGACUUGUUGAGUAACUGGGUCAGCAGACAGUGAAGGCAGCAAAUGCACCAGUGACCACGGCCUUGUAACAUGCACGUGUUGUCCUUUGGCACUUUGAAGCCAGGCUGCUCUUCCCUGGGGAGUGCACAGGCCCUUCUACCCAGAGAUGUGCCAAAGGCUCCAUGUUUUAAUUCUUUAAAAAAAUCCUGACAUUUCACGUUGUUUCUCCUUCCAACCCUGCUUUCCUCUGCAAUGGGUGGUGUUGGCUGUGUCGUGGCUUUGUACUCAUAACCUCAGUGCUCCUUCGAGUUUCUCUGCAGUGAUUGAUGUAUCUGUGGGUACCACUGACUUUCUUUGAUUUUCCACACAAGCAGCAUUAAGUGGAGGCUUUCUCAGAGCUGUAUCUGUCUGUGUUUAGAGGAAGGAACUCAGAAAACAGUUCCUGAUGCAUUGCAGUUUCAUACUGGAGUUGAUGCUGUUUAACCAGGGAUGGCCUUUCCCAACAUGUUUAACCCCUGUUGUUCCAAACCUGAAGGAUGCAGGUUGUGACUCCUUCCCUUGCUCAGUGUGCAGAGCAGGAGCUGUGACCUGGAACAUUUUCCCUGUGCUGUCGAGAGCAGGCACUGACUCAGCAGAUUGUAAAACUUUGAAUGUUGAAGGAAUAUUGUCUUCAUUAAGCUCUACAGGAGAGAAAACCAGGGGUUUAGGGACAGACUCAGCUCUCUCAGGGGAUAGAAGAGUUACACGAGACAGACACUGCAAUGAGAGCUGCCCCCCAGUAAACUUUUCAAAUUUAUUCCUGGAUUCCUUCCAAUUUAACUUCUCUUACAAAUCCAGUCAGGUUUUUGUUGGCACAGGCUGGUUUUUUACUCUUGCUCUUGCACUUUGGGAUGGAAAGCUCAGUGCCAGGGGAGAAGCCACCCAAGCAUAAAAUUUAAUUGCAGAUUAACUCACUUGGAGCUUUCACACUCUUCCAUAUAUGACUUUUUUUUUUUUUUUGCUUCUCACAACUGCAUGCAUUUGAGCAUGUCUGAAGUCUUUUAUAGACUCAAUACUGUUUGGUUAAAUAAACCAUUCUGACAAGCAAGUAAAGCCAGAUUUUUCUGCUGAA